AUGGGUCAAGCAGAAAGCGCUGAAACACAAUCAACCACCACAACCGCAAUUGAUUCAAUUUCAAAUUCCGAUUCCAAUUCCUCUAAUCCCACUUCUCUGGAAUCUGUAAUCGCAGAAGCUGCUGCAUAUGGAAAUCAAAACACUGAGAAUGUUGAGGAAAUGGCUCAGAAAGCUCUUGAUUGCCCUUGUAUUGCUGACCUAAGAAGUGGUGCUUGUGGGUUUCAAUUCUCAGAGGCUUUCCUUUGUUUUCUCAAGAGUACUUCUGAAGAAAAGGGCUCGGACUGUGUAAAUCCAUUUGUUGCUCUGCAGAGCUGCAUCAAAGCCAAUCCAGAUGCGUUCUCUAAGGACAUUUUAGGUGAAGAUGAAAGCACGGAAUCGGAGCCAGUCCAAGAAUACAAAAUAAUUCCUCCUGAUUGGUCUAAAGAAUCGAAAAAAUCUAAAAAAUCAAAGUCGAAGCUUUGA